AUGGUUGGUUACUGUUGCUUUUUGUUUCGUGCACAUGCGAGGGCACCUGCUGAGCAUCUAGUUGGGCAGUUUGCUUCCGGCAUGACCAGCUUGCUUGGGAAGUUGGUUGAGGGUUGGACGACACUUAAUGGCUCUGACAGCGACGCGGUUGCGAGGCAGUUCACACCAUUUGUUGCAGAACGGACACAUCGGCCAACUGGUUGCCGUGGCCGGUACGACUACAACAGCUCCCAGGAGCUUCCUGACAUGCAAGAUGAACUAGAUGGAGAUGCUGGUCUCGACAAGGACGAUGAUGAUGACAUGGAGAAUGUGCAACAUGAAACCGACGACGAUGAACAUGUUGAAGUUCGUGCAGGUGGUAAGAAGGACAAGGCUGCAUCAGAUGUCCCCCCACCGGAGAAAGUCAUUGAACAGACAGUUGCGAGAGACAAGGGGGUGUCGCCCUCAAAGAGGGGCAGGGCUCCAGAGGAUGUUGGGCAGGGCUCUGUUGGCAAGAGGUCUAGGACCGAUCCCGUAGCUGCUAGGAAGAGUGAGGCGACAGCGGGUGGACGAGCAGUUACAAAGAAACAAGCACCAACGCCAACCCGUGUUUCUGCCCGAUUGAACAAGGGUGCUCCCAUUGCUGGUGACACCCCUUCCAUUAGGUCGUCUCCUCGUACAUUGAUGUCCAACACCGGGGAUCCUGUCGUGUUGGAAGACUUAAGGAAGACAGUCAAGAAGGUGAAGAAGACUACCACACGCGUGACCAAGCAGAACUGUAGAGACCCACUUGAACGCAUUCAUUUGAAGCCGUCGACAGGUGGCAACUCAGAUGUUCAUGAGGCGCCAGUCGACAAAACUGCUGCUGCACCGUCCACUAUUCCCACUAGCUCUGAUGCAAGCAGCCGACCAUCUCCGCCGGUUGUAGAUGUGCAUGCUACAACAACAGGCAUCCGUACAUCUGGGGGUGAUGAGUCAAUAUCUGCCAGGACUGCUGAGAUAUUGCCCACUCUGCUGGCAAUGAGGGAUGCUGCUGUGCCCCAUGCCACCCGAUCAGCAAGUGUUGAAGUGGACGCUCCAGAUAUCAACCUAAGCAAGGAAGAUUCCCGCUCAUCUGAUACGGAUUCCAAGCGUGUGGCUGGUGGCACUUCUGCGUCCAUAAAAGAAGGUGCUGCGGUGACAAUUCAGAAUGAGAUGCCAUCCACAGGUGAGACUCUUGGCACAACAGCUCCAGCUUCUGGUGGUCCAGAGGUUGCUACGGCGACCGUUUCGCGAGCUGGUCUUCCACCUAGGCGGCGUAGCCCCCGCAAGCAAUCUGCAGACAUACCCAACGCACCAGCUGUAGCUAGGAGCAGCAGAGAUGACUCUGGUUAUGUGCCCGCGUCCACACUGUUCCCACCACCUGCCAAAAGCAAUGUUAUGGAGAAAACGGAAGUCCGGAGUACAACUGACGCAGGUGGCAAGCCGGGCACGACUGACGGAGGUGAACGUCCGGAGCAGACGUCUUUACCCGCCGUGGAGAACCCCAGCUUAAAUCUGCACACUUCUAAGCUCCCAGUCAACAUUGGUGUCCCAUACAGCCCAAACAAGAAGAUUGGCAAGAAAGUUGCGGUUGAUACCGCUGGCAGCACGCCCCGCCCUACCAAUAAGCCUGAUGAUACUGCAGCAGAUGAGGCAGAAAUGUUUGUUGAUCUGUCACCCCUGGAUUCUGUGAAGCAACUUCCUCGCGAUCCGGCUGGUAAGGAGGAGAGGCACCCAAUGGCCUUCACCCCACCGAGCUGUAGCCUUGGCAUCGAUCACUGUCAAGAUGAACCAGUGGUGCAAGAUCCUAUGCCAGUUGCCUUUGCUUUCCCGGCAGGCAUGGCCCCAAUGAUGGCGCAGCCAAUGGCUGAUGGCAGGAAGACUGUGAAGUUUGCAGAGCCAAUAGUGCAAGCCACCCCUGAAGAGAUUACGCCGUCACUUGAUGAAGCUUACCGCAGGGUUGAGGAGGCAGCAUUGCAGAGGAGGUCCUCACAAGGUCAGGGGCAAUCAAGUUCUAACGUGCCUGCUGAGUCGGUAACCGAGGAUACCGUUAGAAGUGCCACCCUUGAUUCUGUGAGGCAGCAUAGGGUAGUUCACGCACCACCCGCGGAUGACUAUGAGCCCGAAGUCAAGGCCACAAAGGAGCAGAACCAACUGUAAGAUAUUGUCAAGCAUUUUGGAAAUGCGAGGUCCAACAACAAGUACAUGAAGGAGCUGAAAGCAACCAAGAUCAUACAAUGUGAUGCGACGUACGUUGACCUGGGUGAUCUUGCCGAGUCUAUGAGGCCACUCGGUAAAAUGUCGAAGAAUGUAGUUGCGUGUGGGAUUGACUUCAUCAACAGGCAUAUGGAUAUUUGUCCCGACAAAACGAUCAUGCAGUAUAGUGUGACCUGCAAAAUAUGGGAUGGUGACUUCCACCAUAAAAUGCUGAGGAAGCAUUUUGCGGCGCAUGGUGAAUUCAAGCUCACAAUGUAGAAAUGUGUCCUAUUCCCCAUGUUCCAGGAGCUUUCACCAGACAACCUAGAUGACAAGUGUGGUCACCACCACGCGAUUUUCCUUGACCUAAAGAACCAACGAUUUGAGGUGUUUGAUUCAAUGCGUCCAAAAGCUGAUGAAGACCUUACUACGCAUGCUGAAUACUUCAUCAACAACCUCAAAGAGACAUGGAACCGUCACUACGAAAACUCAAAGGUCCAGAUCAGACAUUUUCCAAUCGAGUACGUCGCGACUACGAAGCAAGGAAACCGGCACUACUGUGGCUUUCACACAUUGGAAUACCUUGCAAAGUGGGAAGGUUGACGGGUCCCUGUCGUCACAGCUGCAAUGGUCGUCGAGCUCCGCAAAAUAUACACAUGGAACUGGUUGAGGAAUGAAGAUUUCAACAUGCGGGCCAACGCACGAGAGUUCAUAGAGAAAGCUGUCAAGAAAGCCAACAAGAAGUACAAGUGACCACGUGGUGCUCCAUACCGCACGCCUACCUUACAUUCUGUUGCUGAGGAAUGUAAGGUAUCAACUUGUUCUUUUAAAACUAUGUCCGUGUACUAUGUUAUGACUGCAUCUCCCCGUAGCCUAGUAUAUAGUGGUGGCGUGUGAGUGACAUUGAAUAUUUGUAAUAUAUGUGUGGAUGUGAACCUACUUAGGUGUGACAGCAGCUACGUUUAUGUUUUCAGUAUUUAUUUUGUGUUCGUGGUUGGUAGUACCAGUUGGGUGUUUUGAAUGCGUCUAUGAUGCCUGAAAACAUGGCAAAUGUAGUUGAUCAGACACGGUUAGUGAAAGUAAUCGUUCUUUUCGUUUG